AUGGGGAGAGGAAAUUUCUUUGGUUUCCAAGGAAGCAGGUCUAGUAAAGAAAGACCAAUUUUUGAAAUUCAGUGGACUUGCUAUACAAUCUUCGAUAAAGGUAUAUCAUACAGAGGAACUGUUGCCGUGACGAAGUCUGGUCAAAGUUGUAUCCCGUGGAACCGUCAUCUACAUACCUUUACGUCAGAUCGCUUCCGGUUCGACGGUCUAGACGCAAACUAUUGCAGGAACCCUCUGGGGAAGCGUGGUGCUCCGUGGUGCUACAACUCUCCAACCGGAAAGGAAGAUGAGAGUUGGGAAUAUUGUGAAAUAGAAAUGUGUGAUAAAUGUUUGUUUCGGGGAGUCCAGCUCAAAACUGGAGACCGUUUCCACGAUGGCUGUUCUAUGUGCAUAUGUCAAACUUCAGGAAUAAAGUGUGUGGAAUGUGACGGAGGUCCACAAUUUACAAACGAAAUCGGUUGCUACGUGAAAUAUAAGCCCCAAGAACAUUUCCCACGCUGUUGUCCCCGGAUAGUGUGCCACGGAAAAGACAGAGAUUUUAACCUGACGGAGUAUUUCAACUAUCUGGAACUAGUGCUUCGAACACAUGUUGCUGCACAGUCACACACCAACCAUACAUCAAAUGUCGGAAGCCAGGAAACAAACUUUCCAGUCUUACCUUAGUCAAUAUUUGUUUUAUGUAAACUAAUAAAUUCCUCGAAAUUUACCAGAGUUUUUUCGCUGACCCGGGUCUUCUCUUCAUCUACGAAAAAAAUGCACUUUUCACUAGAGUAAAAGUACAUGACUUAGCUAAACUUCAGUGUUUAACAUGUUCACUUUCCUUAUCUAUUGUAAAAAUAAAUCACUUGUGCAACAAUUAAAACAAUGUUUAGAGGUGAAAAAGAAAACAAAUGUAACAAAACAACAGCAACAAAUGAGUGAUCCUGGUGGGGUUUGAACUCACGCCAAAAAAAAAAGAAAAAGAAAAACAAUCUACAGUUUUAAGCACUGAACUACGGUGUAUAAUUGAAAGUUUUUUUUUAAAAAAAGCAGGGUUUCAAUGAUGAAUAUAAAUCUCAGGAUUAUUAAACUUGAAGUGUUUUCUCUUAUGAGAAAAUUUACA